AUGGUUAUUUCUCGCCUUAGCACACCGUCGUUUGCUGUGAGAGAGGUGGUUCAGCCGUACUUGCCGUCUGUCCGACGGCGGUCUGUCGGCCACAUCUGUGGGGGUGGGCGGAGAUGCGGCCGAUUUGUUACCAUCGUUGCUUUUCACGCUCAAGCGCUCACCCAUCAUCUAGUAUGUAGCUUCAUCACGACGAUGCACUCCGGCGCCGACGACGGUCGAAUUGCCGUCCACCGAUGGAAAUCGGAGGGCACCUCACUCGCUCAACGGAAUGCCGAUGGCUUCCGUCGCCACGCUCGGACGACUCCGAAAUUCGCAGCGAAGGAGACGUCGAUCGACACGAGUGCAGAAUAUUCUCUCAUUAGAAUCAUGUUGGCAAUUUAA